UUGUAUAUACAACCAAAAUAUAAGCACUCUCUUCAAGGUGAAGGUCCCUCCACCAUUUAACUCCAUCAAUAAAUCUCUUCUCUUUCUCUGUUUUUGAUCAAUAAUCUUCAGAUUCAAUUCAAAGUUGAGAAACCCAUCUCAGAAAAGGAGGAGAAAUGCCUCGGACAAGUAGUUCAUUCUUGAGGCAGCUGAGUGGGAAAGAGAGUUGGAAAUCAACUUCAAAUAGAUGGCCACAGGGAAUCAAUUACGGGCGUAGAUCUGGUGGUGAAGAAGAUGAAGAAAUGAUGAGGAGAAAGCAAAUGGAACAAGCUGGACUUGGUUUUGGAGGCAUGUAUGGGAAUCAGCAGGGGAUGUUGAUGAUGAGGAAGAGAGUGAUGGUUGUUGUUGAUGAAUCUUCUCAUUCUAAGCAUGCUAUGAUGUGGGCACUUACUCAUGUUACUGAUAAGGGUGAUCUUCUCACCCUUCUUCAUAUUCUACCUCAUCCAUCUUCUCCUUCUUCUUCACUUGCUACAUCUCUUGCCUCACUCUGUAAAGCUUGCAAACCAGAGGUGGAGAUAGAAGCAGUGGUGGUACAAGGACCAAAGAUUGGAACAAUAAUGAGUCAAGUUAAGAAGCUGGAGGUAUCUGUACUGGUUCUUGGGCAGAAGAAGCCAUCUUCCCUACUAUUGAACUGCUUGAUUGGGGAGAGGAGAAGCAAUGGAGAAGAGAUUGUAGAAGAAUGCAUAAACACAAUGGAGUGUUUGACAAUUGGAGUGAGGAAACAGAGUAAGAGUGUUGGUGGGUAUCUAAUUAGCACCAGAUGGCAGAAGAACUUCUGGCUUUUGGCUUAAUUACCUAUUCUAGUAGAUUGAACAAUAGUUGUUGGAUCAUAAUGAUAAUAAUAAUAAUAAUAUUAUGUAGAUUUCUAACUACUACCACCCACAUGUGCAACUACUAGAUCUUUCUCUGUAGAUUCACCUACUAACCCAAGAGAUACAAAUAAUGGUUAAUGGCCAUUAUUGUUCUCUGUCUUCUUUAUUAAGUUUGUGUUCAGAUUUAUCUCUACUGUAACUGUUAUCCUAAGUGUUAAAGAGAUCUAAAAACAUCUUUAAAUUGAUUUGGGGUUAUUAAAUUUUAAAAAUCUGUUUUUUGUUUUGUUUC